AUGGUUGAAUUAGUUUGUGGACUGGAACAGAGAAAAAAACUUGAGGCUAUUCUAUUGUCCAAGGAUGUGAUACAUUCAAGAAUAGUUGAAAUUUCUUGCAAUAUCUUGAAACAGAACAUCGAUGAAUUGAAAGCAUCGCCAUUUCCCUUUAGUAUGCAACUGGAUGAAACUACAGAAAUCACGAAUUGUAGUCAACUUCUUGUUUUUGUUCGUUACGUGUCUGCUGAUACUAUCAAAGAAGAAUUCUUAUUUUGUGAGCCUCUUUUGCAAACUACAAAGGCAGUUGAUGUUUUAGCGAUUUUAAAUGUUUUCUUUUCCAAACACGACUUCGACUGGAAACAAAAACUUCAUUCACUUUGUACGGAUGGAGCACCUGCGAUGCUUGGCAAUAAAUCUGGUUUUGCCCAUUUGGUAAAAAAAGAGGCUCCUAAUGUUAUUGUUACACAUUGUUUUUACAUAGACAUGCACUGGCUACAAAAACUCUUCCAACCAGCUUAA